AUGUUGAUCUCAAAACUAUCAUUAUCUUUAUUGCUCUUACCUUUCACCCUGGCGGCUAUCACUACGCAGUUAGUAGUGACUACUAAUAUUGCUGGUGUAAUUAUUACUAGAACUUCCAUAUAUGAUAAUGCAGCUGCAGCUGCAGCUACUGCUGCAUCAACUUUGGUUUAUACCACAACUGAUGCGAACGGUAUAAUUAGAACUGUUACUACUACUGGUACCAAUGCUGCUGCCACUGCCGCUGCCGAUACUGAUGUUGCAAAUACAGCAACUGGUAUGACUACUAAAGUUUAUACUAGUACUGACUUGAAUGGGGUUGUAAUGACAAGAACUACUACAUUAAAUGCUGCCGCCGCUGCUUUAACAAGUUCAUCUACUGUUACUGCCUCAUCAACAACAAAUACUGCCACUGCCACUGCCACAGGUACUAAUACUCUUGCUUCUGGAAUGACAACUAGUGUUUACACUAGUACUGAUCCAAAUGGUGUCACUUUGACUAGAACUACUACUUAUGCUUUGAAUUCUGCAAAAACGGCUACUGGUUCUUUAUCAAGUUCCAAAUCAUCUACUACUAAAACUGGAAGUUACGUUAAUAAUGGUAGAUCGGAUCCUUCCACUUCAAUCACUCCUUUCCCUCUGACUGCAGUGUCUACUUUAUCCUUGGAUUCUUUCUAUACUGUUACUCAAGGUACUACAAAGACUUAUACAUCUUUAAGAGCUCGAACUACUAUUUAUGCUACUGUGGUAAUUAAUGGUCAAACUAUUGUUCGUUCGACUACAUUUGCACAAAGAUUUAGUAGUCAAUACAUAGAUGUUGCUGUACCUUCCUCGGGUUCUAUUGGGCUUGGUUCACUAACAGGCAAUAUUGGUGUUAUUAAGACUAACAUGAAAACUACAAUCAAAAAUAAUGCCGAUUCAUCUUUGAAUCCUGGAUUCACCACUUUGUUUGGUAUAUUCACAUUAUUCAUUUCAUGUUUAAUUUAA